AUGCCUUCUUCAACCGUCAAUGACGACCUGUCGGUCGCGGACGUGUUCAGCCCGCAGGCUGAUCUUGCGCAGUCCCCCAUGGAGGUCUCGACCAAUCACCGCCGCCCCGAUACGCACAUGGGUAACAAGUCUUCUCCCCGGAUGAACUCUGGAUUUGGUGACUUUGCGAAACCCGGCCUGAAUGCGCAUAUGAAGUCGCAUCGCCAAAAGAAUAAGAAGAAAAAAAAUCAGGCUGGACCCGGACCUGCUUGCUCCACCGUUCGCGGCUUUACCCCUUUGCCAUCCGGCGACGAAGAAUCAGAUUUCUCCGCCGCGAGUUCUCGAGCUCCCUCUCGCCCUCCUACUUCCACAGGCGGGGCUAGUCCUCUGGCGCAACCAUCCACAGGCCACGGAGUUAGCGCAUUGAAGCUUCAACUUAAUACUUUGAGUUUGGCGGACAACUCCGGCGCCACCAGUGGGCUUGUUUCACAGACACCUAGUGUCAUCAGUGCGUUCUCGGAUAGCGACCAAACUGAGAUCUUGACAAGCUAUGAAGUUCCUCUGGACCAGGACUUUGUUAGCUCUGACGCCGUGCAACCGGAGACACCGGAGGAACGCGGAGCCGAUGCCGCCGGCGUAAGCGCGGAUCUGCGUAGCCAGCUGUGCCGGAAAAUGACUGCAGAUGACUUUGAGCCCAUCCUGUGUCUUGGCAAAGGUUCGUUUGGAACAGUUCUGUUGGUGCGCCAUGUCGUCACCGGCAAGCUGUAUGCCCAGAAGCAAUUCCGCAAGGCCUCGAUUACUGUACACAAGAAAUUGGUCGAGCAGACCAAGACCGAGCGCACGAUUUUGGAGAGUGUUAAUCGUCAUCCAUUUGUCGUCAAGCUAUUUUACGCUUUCCAGGACCACGAAAAGCUUUACCUUAUCCUAGAAUAUGCACAAGGCGGUGAGCUCUUCCACCAUCUCGCCAUGGAACGCAUGUUUGAAGAAGAUGCGGCCGCUUUCUACAUGGCUGAAGUAGUCCUUGCGUUUGAACACCUGCACCAGAAUGUUGGAGUCCUUUAUCGCGAUCUGAAGCCCGAGAACUGCCUUCUUGACGAUCAAGGCCACCUGCUUCUCACAGACUUCGGACUGAGCAAAAUUGCUCUCAACGAUGACGACCGCUGCAACUCUCUUCUUGGUACAAUUGAAUACAUGGCACCAGAAGUCAUCCAAGGAAAGCCUUACGGCAAAGCCUGCGACUGGUGGUCUCUCGGCGCUUUGGGCUUUGACCUACUGACCGGAUCGCCACCAUUCCGCGCAAACAACCACGCAAAACUCCAAGAGAAGAUUGUCAAGCAGAAGCUCGCUUUGCCCUACUACCUCGGACCUGAUGCUAAAGACCUCCUUACUCGCCUUCUCCGCAAGGAUCCAUCCAAGCGCCUGGGUUACCAUAUGGCAAAGGAUCUCCAGACCAUUAAGAAGCACCGCUUUUUCCGGAAGAUCGAUUGGGACGCUCUCGAGCGCCGCGAACUCAACCCCCCUAUCUGUCCCGUCGUCACAGACCCAGCCCUGGCAGAGAAUUUCUCCGUUGAUUUCACCCAGCUUCCACUCAGCCCGUCCACGGCAGGUCUCGGAUUUGACGAGUACUAUGCCAAUGGUCAAGAUUUCCCUGCUGGCAAGGGUCCCGACGCGGAUGGGAUGAACGCCGAGAGCAACCCCUUCGGUGGGUUUAGCUACGUUGCCUCGAGCAGCUUACUCGAUCACGGACUAGGCGUCAUGACAGCUGGUUACUGA